AUUUUGAUAUAACAUUAAAAAAAAAGAAACAUGAUUAUGAUUUUUCUAUACCAUAUUUUGUAAAUAUUUUUAUAUAUUUAAAACAUCUAAAAUAUGCGAUAUAUUGAUUGCAUUGUUGCUACGUGGACAGGCGCUCCAGGCGCAGAUCGAGGCGAACCAAGGUCGCAUGAACCAUCUAAGGACCAUCAUCCACCGAGUGGAUCCCUACCAUUUGACGCCGAUUCCAGCCGAAAUCGCACAGCACGGGCUUUCGUACGCGGCAGUGCUAGCAGGUAGCACCUCCAGCCCAAGACCCGAAUUGGAAGAAGUCGUCAGCUCCAUGGAGAGCCUCGUCGUCGUUGCCGCCGUAGCGCAAGUCCCAGACAUUGAAACCCAAAAGAAGCUAGAUCCAGCCGAUAAGCGUAAGAAACGUGAUAAGUUACCGAAGUCGGAGGAGGAGGUGGUGGUUGUUGUGCAGACAGAGUCUGUGAAAACGAACAGGCGUGCUCGAUCUCCGAAACGCAGGGAACAACCUAAACCCAAGCCGGAAAAGAAGCAACCACCCAAAGUGGUGGAGGUGAUCGCUGCUAAGGCUGAGACUAAGAAGGUGGUGACUAAAGUAGAGGAGUCGCAGCUGUUGAAGCCUUGCGAUAAGACACGGGGUCGCUCGCCCAGUCCCAUGUGGAAUCCGGGCUCUACAAGCUACGCCCGCAUCCUGAUGGGACACGGUGAGCAGCAGAGACCAGAGGAGUGCCAAGCUGCCGAAGAGGCACCUCCGCAUCAACCUCAACCUCAACAGAUGGAGGUGGCCAAGAUCGAAGAGCCUGUCGCUUCACCUACGGUUGUGCAGAAUACCGAAUUAGAUAUCAAACAGGUCGAGCAAGAGUUGCAGGUUUGCGAAAUGCCGGUGGAUGUUAGACAGGAGAACUUCCAGGUCCAUCCCAACUGGAACAAUGUGCAUCUCUCGUACCAACCGACGGAAAUGUAUAACUACCCACAACAAGCUCCACAAGCUAGCUACUAUCAGCAGAGAGCCCAACCUCACGCACCUGGUUACUACCAUCACCCGCAACCUCAGCACAAUAUGUACGACGCGAUAAUGCCCAUACCUGAUCUGGUUGGGUUCAUCGCCUCCGGCCAGCAACUCAUGAGCUCCGGUCUUGGCACUUACCACAACUCCAACCAACAGUACUCUGGAAUGUACGCCGAUAACACACAGUACCCACCGUACUUCUGCAGUAAACUUCAACAACAGUUUCAACAACAACAGCCGCAGGCUCAACCGCAGUUACAACAAUCACAAUAUAUACAUUCACAACAACCGCAACUACAACACCCACAACAUAUUCAGACACCACCACCACAUAUGCAAACACCACCACCACAUAUUCAAUCACCGCCACCACAACACAUUCAAACACCUCCACCACAUAUUCAAACACCACCGCCAAACAUUCAAACACCACCGCCAAACAUUCAAACACAACCGCCAAACAUGCAAACACCACCACCACAACAUCAACAACACGCAUUACCGAUGCAUACACAAAGACUGCCUGCGCAGCAACAAGCGUUGCCAAUUCAAACGCAGAAACCGGUGCAACAAGCCAAUGUUAAACCGCCGCACGUACACAAACCACCAGCGACAAAAACCUACGUGACGGAGACGAGCAUUUACAGGGCGAAACCAGAACCCGAAAAAGUCGUGCAAGAGAUUGCACCAGAAGUGCCAAAACGGCAGAAGCCGAAACCGAAGCCCGCUGAUGUUGUUGAAGUUGUGGAAGUGCCAAAAGCCGUCGAACCUGUGACGGAUGAUUUCGACUCCGAACAGGCCAGAUCUAGUAGCUUCUCGUACGCUCAAAUAUUGUCUCAGGGACUUGCAGCGAAACCACUCCAGCCAUCCAGUCCAGCAACAGUGCACCAAACGAUCCGAACUGACCCCCCGCCGACUCAAAAGGCAAAAUCUCCUAUAGCACAUGAGGAGAGACCUUCUGGCCGCUGGGAAAUGAAACCCAAACCCAAAAAAGAAGCGGUGACGCAAAAAGAAAAGGACGCACCAGUUGUCGAAGCACCCACCGCAAAACCGAACAAACCCAACAAGCAGAAGAAAGAGAAACGAUACGGACAUAUCGAAGUAGAGCAUUUAGAAAUCGAAGAAACUCAGGAAUCCGGCCAUCGUGGAGAGCUUGUCGCAGAAGCGGCGAGUGAUGACCGCGCUCCUGAAUCGAAACCGAUUGCAAUUCCCCCAGUAGCAGAUAAAAAGCAGAAGAAGGAAAAGAAACCUAAGGUCGCAUCAAAGCAGAAACCAUGCGAAGACGAAAUUGACAAGGCUCUGAAAGAAAUCGAGCAGCAGUCGAAGAAAAAGUCGCAUGUGAAGAACAUCACCGUCGUGAAGACCACUACUAAAACUGUAACCGAAUUGCCAAAGGGCGAUAUUCCCAAGAAUACUCACGAUAAGAAGAAGGAGGUUAUUGUUAACGAAACCGUUACUAAAACGAUGGUGCAAUCAAAUACUCCCGAAGAUAUUUCAAAGAAAUCCAUUAAUACUCCGGAAUUACCGGUCGAUGACAAGAAGAAGAAAAAGAAAAAGAACAGUGGAGAUUUGCAAAAGUUCAUCGACUCUGAAAAGCAGUCGUCCGCCAAUGAAAAACAAGAAAUUAAAGGCAAACAACCUAAGGAGAAGGAACCACAGGAAAUAGAGGAAAGCGUUUCUAAAAAGAGCAAGAAAAAAAAAUCAAAGACAUCUAGCACUUCGGAAGAGCAACAACCUUCCAAAAAAUCUGAAGAGGCUCCAUCUGACAAGAAGAUUAAAAAGAAAAAAUCUAAAGACACACCUAUGUCGGAGAUAGUUAUAUCACCUGAAAAAUCACAAGAAUUAUCUGACAAGAACAGCGGCGAUGAACUCCUUAGUAAAUUGUUCACCAAGAUUCCUGAUUCGGAAUUCAAGCAUCUUUCGGAGAUUCCGCCAGAUGAUGAUGCCGCCGAAGAGCUAUGCGAAUUAAUGCAAGCUUCUGAAUCGAAAAAGAAGAAUCGUAAGAAGAAGAAGCCCGUUGAGAAGGAGGAUGAGUUGUCCGCUUCGGAAGGCGAUCUCACCGACAUGACGUCCCUCUCACAGCUUCUGGCUCAUUACACUAAGGAACAGUAUGGCAAGGAAUUGGAUGCUAAGUCCAGAAGGAAAGACCGCAAGAAGAAGUCGUCCACUGAUAAUGAGGAAAUGCUCAUUCAGGAAAUAAUUAAUGAGUCUAGGAAAACUAAAAAAUCCGAAAACGACGAUAAAUCUAAAUCAAUUGAGAAAGAUAUUAACAAACAGGAUGAUUCUCAACUAGCAAAGGAUAAAAUAACAGUAGAGGAAACUGUUGUUACAACUUCACAGAACAUUGUUAAGACUGAACAAGCAGAAAAAUCAGCAACAACUGAAACUGCAUCAAAAUCUGCUUACAGAGGUUUACCAAUUGAUAAUUCUAGUACACUCUGGGUUAAUUUACUGGAUGAACCGAUGAUAAUGUCCGACGAUGAAGAGGAUGUCGAUAAGAAAUCGCCUAACUCAGUUUCGACCACGCAAACCACAAUCGAAUCUGCGAGCUCGGAAGAAGUCGAAGAACUAAUUUCAUAUCAAAAUAUUGUAGAUCCGGCACCGCCGAAGCCUGCAUACAAGGGUUUGCCUAUCGAUAAGUCGAGUGCUCUUUGGGUUGACUUACUAGACGAGCCUAUGACUUUUACUGACGAUGAGGAUGAUGAAAUAUCCAAAAAGGUAGACGAAAUCAUUGCCGUUUUGAAAAACGAAGAAGAAUCAGAACGAAAAUCAGUUGAAAAGGAAACUGUAAAACCGGAAAUAGUUCAUAAAGAAAGUAAGCCUGAAGAGCCUAUCAAAGUUGCUUACAAAGGUUUACCUAUUGACAAUUCGAGCACGCCUUGGGCUGAUUUAUUGGACGAAAACAUAACUUUGACUGAUGACGAGCAAGAACAAACUUCAACUAAGGUUGAAGAUCCCGUCAAUGAAGUCACUUUUGCAAAAGAACAGGUUAAAAUAAUUACGACGAAGGAAGAAAUUAAGAUCCAGGAACCAACUGAAGACAAGAUACCAGUUGAACCAGUUAAGGUAGCUUACAAAGGAUUACCAAUUGAUGAGUCUAGUACUCUUUGGGCAGAUAUAUUAGACGAGCCAAUGACUUUAUCUGAUGACGAACAAGAACAAAUUAAGGUAGAAGAACCCAUCAGUGAAGUUACUAUUACCAAAGAACAGGUCAAAACAAUUACAACAAAGGAAGAUAUUAAAACAGAGGGACCAUCAGUUGUUGAAGAUAAAAAAUCAGUUGAACCAGUUAAAGUAGCUUACAAAGGUUUACCAAUCGAUGAGUCCAGUACUCUUUGGGCUGAUAUUUUAGAUGAACCCAUGACUUUUACAGAUGAUGAGGAGGAAGAAACUAAAACUAGGGUUGAAGAACCCACUAAGGAAGUUACUAUUACCGAAGAACAGAUUAAAACAAAUACCACAAAGGAAGAUAUUAAAACACAAGGACCCUCAGUUGUUGAAGACAAAAAAUCUGUUGAAACAGUUAAAGUAGCUUACAAAGGUUUACCAAUCGAUGAGUCCAGUACUCUUUGGGCUGAUAUUUUAGACGAACCCAUGACUUUUACAGAUGAUGAGGAGGAAGAAACUAAAACUAAGGUUGAAGAACCCGCUAAGGAAGUUACUAUUACUAAAGAACAGGUUAAAACAAUUACCACAAAGGAAGAUAUUAAAACACAGGGACCAUCAGUUGUUGAAGAUAAACAAUCAGUUGAACCAGCUAAAGUAGCUUACAAAGGUUUACCAAUCGAUGAGUCCAGUACUCUUUGGGCUGAUAUUUUAGAUGAACCCAUGACUUUUACAGAUGACGAGGAGGAAGAAACUACAACUAAGGUUGAAGAACCCACUAAGAAACUUACUAUUACUGAAGAACAGGUUAAAACAAUUACCACAAAGGAAGAUAUUAAAACACAGGGAUCAUCAGUUGUUGAAGAAAAACAAUCAGUUGAACCAGCUAAAGUAGCUUACAAAGGUUUACCAAUCGAUGAGUCUAGUACAGUCUGGGCUGACAUAUUAGAUGAACCCAUGACUUUCUCUGAUGAUGGGGAGGAACAAACUACAACUAAGAUUGAAGAAUCCGUCACUAAAGCUACAAUUAUCAAAGAACAGGUUAAAACAAUUACGACAAAUGAAGAUGUUAAAUCUGAAGCACCAAUUACUGUUGGAGACAAGAAACCAGAAGAGCCAGCUAAAGUGGCUUACAAAGGUUUACCAAUUGAUCAGACUAGUACCCUUUGGGCUGAUAUUUUAGAUGAACCCAUGACUUUCUCUGAUGAUGAAGAAGAACAAACCCCAACUUACAAUAUAGAACCAGUUACUGAUGUUACAGUUAUCGAAGAACAGGUUAAAACAAUUACGACAAAUGAAGAUGUUAAAACUGAAGCACCGACUAUAGUUGGAGACAAGAAACCAGAAGAGCCAGCUAAAGUAGCUUACAAAGGUUUACCAAUUGAUCAGACUAGUACACUUUGGGCUGAUAUUUUAGACGAACCCAUGACUUUCUCUGAUGAUGAGGAAGAACAAACUACAACUAAGAUUGAAGAACCCGUCAAAGAAACAAAGAUACAGGAACCAACUGAUGCUGAUGACAAGAAACCAGUUGAACCAGCUAAAAUAGCUUACAAAGGUUUACCUAUUGAUCAGACCAGUACACUCUGGGCUGAUAUAUUAGACGAACCAAUGACUUUAUCUGAUGACGAAGAAGAACAAAUUAAGGUAGAAGAACCUAUCAGUGAAGUUAUAAUUAACGAAAAGCAGGUUAAAAUAAUGACCACAAAUGAAGAUAUUAAAAAUAAAGCACCAACUGUAGCAGAAAUCAAGAAACCAGUUAAAUCUGUUAAAGUAGCAGAAACUCCAAUUAAAAUUGAGGAGCAACCUACAGCUAAAAUUGAGCAAAUUAAGAACGAAGAAGUGGUAAAACGAAAACAACAACAGAAUGAAAAGCCAGACGAUGAUAAGCUGUCCACUGAUGGUAAAAAGGCUAGUAAAUCUAAGAAACGUUUACGCAAUGAAAUUUCAACUAAAGAAUCCAAGUUGGAAGUGACUGAAAAAGUAGUUGAACCCGCAACUACAGCAACCAAUGUAGAUGUCGUACAACUACCAAAGUUAUCUUACUCUUCAAUACUACAAAAAUCUUCAGCUAAACCAGAUGCAGGCAAGAACACAAUGAUCGAAACCGAAAGGAUUGCUUGCACUAAAAGGACGAUGAAAACUAAAGAGGUGACCAAGACUACUACCGUCGUAAGUCAGACACCUGAAACUAACAAAAUCGUGUUGAUUACUCACGAGGAGAUCAAACUGGAUCCGGUGAUUUCACUAAAGAUGGAAUUCGAGGAAGAACCUAUUCAGGUAACCGACGAAUCGAUCACGUCAACAGUGACCCAAGAACUGACCAAAGACGACGAAACGUCUUUGAGCAUUACGGAAAUAUCGGAAGCCGACUCCGGCGUUAUUUCCACGCAAGACAUCGAAUUCGAACAGGUGAUCUUCGGCUCGGUGAAACAAAGACCGAACGCCGUUGUUAAUGAAAUAACAACGGAAAUCAAAGAAAUAAAACCUAAGAAAAAAAUAGAUCAAGUAGCCAAGAAACUUGACAUAGAAUCUGAAACUUCAAUUGUGACAGAAACACCACCGGCCAAAAGAUUAGAUUCUAUCAUUGAUGUUGAAAUUAAUACCAUCCAAGAAGUCAUGGACGUAUUAGAGAAGAAGCAGGCGAAGGCUGCACAGGAAACGAAGAGCAAGGAGCCAAUGAAAUCUGCGUACAAAGGUUUGCCAAUCGACACGACAUCAAAUAUUAUUGACAUCUUAGACGAACCGGUUACCAUUUCUGACGAUGAAAAGUUACCACAAAACGUUUCAGAUGGUUCGACGACACCGAAGGACGAAACAAGCGAAAGCAACAGAGACGAACCGGCGGAAACGCUGAGGAAACCGAAGAGAAAACGCAACAGGAACAAGCACAAGCACGACGCUGAAAGAGGUGAACCUGUUGCUGAGGAACUGAAACCUGCUGAAGUUGAAAAACCUGCGGUCGUCGUUCCUCCUGUUGCAUUGAAAAAGACCUUCGCCGAGGUAAUGAAGUCAUUCCUCGAAAACGAAUCUUAUAACACUCAAUACGUUACUCAACAGCCAAUGAAAACGAGCGUUCCAGAAACUUCAAGUAAACCUGAAACUGAAAAACACGCACAAGAAAUCAUUUCUGCUGAAAAUGUAAUUGUCGAAAAGAAAAUGGAUUUUGAAAAGGCUAAAAGUUAUCCUGAAAAAUCUUCUAAGAAAAAGAAGAACAAGAACGUGGAAGUAACAUCAUUUGACAUGGAAGAAUUGGAUGUUAGCGUAGAAGCUGAUGAACAAUUGAAAGAACAAACCGAGAAGUUCUUGGAAACUGAAAAAAUCCAUACCAAAAAUGAGGAUACAAAGAAAAAAUCGAAGAAAGAUAAGAAUUCUGAGAAAGGUUUGUCCUCGGAAGAAGCUAAGAUUGAGCCAGAACCUAAAUCCAAGAAGGAUAAGAAGAAGAAUAAGCCUAAAAGCGUGGAUACUCCAGUUUCAGUAACCGAAGAAGCUGAAAUUGUUGAAAUUAAAGAGGAAAUAGUCCCCGAACAAGAACAUAAAUCUUCGAAGAAAAAUAAGAAACAAAAGUCGAAAAUUGAAAAACAAAGCUCGUGUGAGGAUACUAAACGAGAAGUUUGCAGCAUCGAAGAGCAAAAACCAUCGAAGAAGAAUAAGAAGCAAAAAUCAAAGACAGAAACACAAAGUUCAACAGAAGAAAAGCAAUUGGAAUGCGAAUUGCCUAAUAUUGAAGAACCGGUCGUAGAAGAGCAGAAACCUACGAAGAAGAACAAAAAGAAUAAGGCAAAAUCUGAAGCAAUUGAAGAUAAACCAUCUGAAAGUAAAAUAAGCGAAAUCACAGAAACUAAAGUUGAAGAAACAACCGUCCAAGUGGAUAAACCAUCUAAGAAGAGUAAGAAACACAAAUCUAAAACGGAAUCGGUGGUUGUAUCUGAAGAUAAACUAAGCGAGAAAUCAGUUGAAAGUGAAGCUUCAGUAUGCACAAUUGUAACUGAAAUGGUAAUCGAAAAAACUGUAAACGAUAUCAAGAAUGAAGAAUUGAUUCUUGAUGAGGUUAAACCGAGCAAAAAGAAUAAGAAACAAAAAUUAAAACCGACUGAAGAAAAAACUAUUGAUAAUGUUCAAAAAACUGGUGACGUGGUAACUGAAAUAAUUGCAGUUGAUAAACCUGAAGUUAAAGUUGAUGAAUCAAUUGUAGAAGAAGUGAAAUUAUCUAAAAAGGCUAAAAAGAACAAGUCUAAAAUGGAAACACAAAUUUCAUCUGAGGAAAAACCAACUCAAAAACUGCAGGAAACUGAAGCUGUUAGUAAAACAGAAUCUGAAGUUAUCGACGAAUCAAUGAAAAAAUUGGUUCUUUCUAGCGAACAACUUAAGGUAGAACUGAAAGAUCAAACCGAAAUGUUCUUGGAAACUGAAAGGAUCCACACCAAAAAGGAGGGUGCAAAGAAGAAGAAAUCAAAGAAAGAUAAAUCUUCUGAUGUGCCCUCAGAAGAACCUAAGAUUGUCGAUGUUGAAACAGUUAAAACACUUGAAGAAGAAAAACCAUCUAAGAAGAGUAAGAAACAUAAGGGUAAACUGGAAACACAGGUAUCAGUUGAUGAUAAAAUAUCUCAACAAACAGUAGAAAGUGGCGCAUUGAUCUGCGAAGCUUUUACUAAAACUGUUGUGGAAAUACCUGCAAAAGAAAUUACUGAAGUUGUUGUAACGGAAACAAACAUUAAACCAUCUAAGGAGACAAAAUCGGUAGAGAAGGUUUCAACCGAAGAAAAACCAACAGACAUUUUACCUGAAACUGAUGUUAAACCUAUAAGCGAAGUUUCUGAAGUUUCAGUGGUAGAAUCACAAGUGGAAGAUCAUAAACAAAAACCUGAAAAGCUCAUUUCAGCUGAAGAAACACAAGAAACCGAAGCAAUUAUUGAAAAACCUGUAAGCGAUGUAACUGAAGUUCCUAUUGCUGAAGAAGAAAAACCAUUUGAAAAAUUAGCAGUGGGUGAUCAAAUAAUUGAAUCGAAAACUAUCACCGACACAAUUGUGUGCGAAAUUACUGAUCUUAAGAUUGAAGAACCAUCUGUUGAAGGUCAUAAAUCAUCUAAGAAGAACAAGAAACAUAAGUCGAAGACGGAAAGGCAAAUUUCCUUACAAGAAAAACCGGCACCAGAAAUUGAACCUGAAACUGUCGUUGAAAAGCCAGUCAUAGAAAUGACAAUUGAAUCUAUAGUUGAUAAGUCUGUGGGUGAAGUUAAGACAGAUUUUUCUAUUCAAGAAGUUACAACAUCUGUUGAAGAACAAAAACAAUCUUUGGAUGAAAAAUUAUCUGUCGAAGAAGAAAAACCAUGUGUAGAAGAAAAAUUAUCUGUUGAAGAAGAAAAACCAUCUAAAUCUGAAGCGGUAAUUGUAACUGAAGAUAAACUUUCAGAAAAAUUGCCAACAAAUGAACAAGAAAUUGUUAUAAAAACUGAAGUUAAAAAACCUGUAAGCGAAGUUAGUGACAUUAAAGUUGAUGAAGGAAAACCAUCUAAGAAGAAUAAGAAAAAUAAAUCUAAACCAGAGAUACAAAUUUCUUCUGAAGAAAAACCAAUUGAGAAAUUACCUGUGACCGAAGAUGUGGCACAAGAACUUCAACCUGAAACUAUUGUCGAAAAAACAUUAAGUGAAACUGCAGAGGUGAAGAUUGAAGAACAGAAGCCAUCUAAGAAGAGUAAGAAACAUAAAACGAAUAUAGAAAAGUUAGAAGAUAUUCCAACUGAAGAGAAAUCUGCUUUACCAGAAGUCAUUAAGAAACAAGAACCUUACACAUUUGAUUCUAAAAAAGAAACAUUGCAGUUUCAAAAAACUAUUUCUCUAAUGCCCGAAUUUGCUAAACCAAAAACUGUCGAAAAUAAACCAAAAACUACCGAGGAUAAACCAAAACCAGUAGAUGAUUUGGGUAUCGACGAGCAAAUGUUGCAAGCUGCAUUGUUAGCUCACGACGAACUCAUCAACAAGAAACUUUACCAAGCUUCGAUUUCUGUUGAAGAGCCCAAGUACGAAUUUACAGUAAAAGAUAAACUGAUCGAAGAGAAGCCAAAACCGAUGAUUGAAGAAUUGUCAGUUGAAUCUUCCAUCGAGAAACCUGUUGUUGAAAGAAUUGUUGAAACAACGACUGAAGUCGUAGAUUCUCAACCGGAAAGCGUGAUCUGCGUAACAACAGAAACUGUAACCGUUGAAACUACAAAAUUAGAUCCAGAAAUAGACGCUGUAUGCAAACUGGAAGAAAUUGUAAAAUCCGUAACUGAGAAGGAACAAGAGGAAGCAGUUUGUCACAUCAAACCUAAGAAAAGCAAAAAGGAUAAAAGCAAAUCUGCGAAGGAAGUGGAAGUUGUGGAAACUGUUGAAGAACCGCAGCCUUUGGACGUAAUUGUAAAAUCUGUGGUAGAAGAAUCUCAAGAAUAUAAAUCUUGCACUGAUGAUCAAACAUCUAAAGUUGUGGUCAUGGAAAUGUCUGAAGCUUCAAUUGAAGUAAAACCUGAAACGCUUUUAGAACCCGUAAAAACUCCAACUGAAGAUGUUCUUGAAGCAUGCGAAGUUUCGCAUAAGAAACACAAGAAGUCUAAAAAGAAGUCGGGCAAGUCUUCUGAAAGAUCAUCAGAAGAAUCUUCCGAGAUUGUGGAGUUGGUUAAACCGACCACCGUAAUCGAAGAAAAGCUUGACGUAAAACCUGCGGAAAUUUGGAAAACCGGUUCAUUUGCAGAUGUUGUGAAAUCUGACAAUAAACCUAAUGCAGUCGAGGCUGCAUGUGAAAUUAUAACAGAACCAACUUUGGUUAAAACUGAAACAGUUGUCGUACCUGAUGUACGGGAGGAAGCAGUCUCCGAAAAACCUGGAAUAGGCAAAAUUAUAACUGAUUUCAUCAUGGGUGAGGUUCAAACCGCCGAUAAACCUAUGGAAGAUAAGAGGCGCAAGAAAUGCAAGAAGAGCAAAAAAUCUAAGGAAGAGGAGGAUAAACCUAUUGCAGAUGAAAUUGUCGUUUCAGAUGCUACCGAUAAGAAGAAAUCGAAGAAAGACAGAAAAUCUCCAGAAAAACAAAUUGAGGAUGUUGAAAUUGUUAAACCUAAUGUCGUGCUUAAUGAUACUCCUCAACCUGAACAGAUUACCGAAGAGAUUACAGUCGUAUCUUCUGAAACUAAAAUUGUUGAAGAGACCAUUGAAAAAUCUCCAAGAGUACCUGAGGUAUCUGAUCCAACAGAAACGACAUCUGAAGUUGUUAAAGCACCGACUAAUUCUACUGAAGAAUUUAUUGUUGAGUCACCGAAAACCAAGCGUAAGAAGUCCAAGAAGCUUGAAAAACAACAAAGUAUUGAUGCUGAAGAUGUUAAACCUGAAAAUGUAACUGAAUUAGAGCAAAUUGAAACAACUGAUAAACAUGAAUCACUUGUAGAAAUCAUCGGUGAACCCGAUUACGAGUCUAGGAAAAAGAAGAAGAAAUCAAAGAAACCUAAGGACUCUGUAUCCGAUGUUGUCGAUGUGGUGUUGAGACCUGAAGAGCCUGCAAUGAAACGCGAUAAACCGAAGAAAAUGAAAUCCGUCUCUUUCGAGGAAAUUCCUCAAGUUAUUACUAUUGAAAACGAUGUAGUCGAACUAUCAAAUCAGAACAACGAUUUCGUACUGGUCGAGCAAAAUUAUGAAUCCAUUGAUAUCGGUGAAGGUAAUACGAAGAAAUUGGAGGACGUUGUUGUCCACAAAACGGAAUUGAUGAACACCACUGAAUUUGUAUCUUUACCUGAGACUCAAGAACUCAACGCUUCUAUUGCUUUUGUUAAAGAAGAAAUCGAGGCUGCGGAGUCAAUUGAAAGAAAACGUUCGGACUCUGAAACAACUGAGGAUGCUUUCAUCAUGGUCACCCAUGAGGAAGUACCGACUGUGGAAGAAGUUGAUAAACUCGUGAUUAGCAUGGAGGAAAAGACUGUUGAGGAAAUUAAAACUGAGCAGUCGAUCGUAAAAGAACUUGCUAAAGUUGAAGAGGUCAUUGUCAUUGAUGAACCGGAACUUAAAGAGAUCGAAAUUCCUAAAGUGGAAACCGUUGAUGAGCAUUUAGAAACAACUGAGAAACCAGAGGAAGUUGUUGAUGAAGAACCUAAAGUGAUCAGGGGAGACUUGUCGCCAGAAUCUAGUGAAGAUCUGACUACGGAAACGGAAAUCAGUGAUAUCAAUUUGAACCAAUCGCAGAUCGAUCUGAUCACGGAGGAGGUCGUUCGCAUCGAUGCGGAACCUAAGAAGGUGUCACCCUUCGAGGAGAUCCUUCAUAAGGCGACCGAAUUUGUACCCAGAUCCAUGCAAUCAGAUCUGAAUCCAAACGCGCGCGAAUUCAUACCGGAAACGGAACGCAAAUCCGACUACUUGAUGUACACUCACGAGAAUGUAACAUUCACGAAUCACGUGUGGAAUUACGAAAGGCAACCUUUGAUCUAUACCACUGCUCAAACUCACGAGCAGUUCGAUACCGGUUACGAAAUUCCGCCCACGUGGGUUAACGAAAUUCUUGAAGAACCGUCGGAUGUCGUAUACUCAGAUCCUUCGGCCAAGUUCAUUGAAUCGGAGCGCCGGGCGCCAGAACCGAAACCAGAAGUGGUCCUGCAACCGGAAAGACCGGAACCGCAGGGCGUCUCCUGGGCCAGCAUUAUCGGCUCUAAACAACCCGUUGAAAAGACCAUCUUUGAUCCUACACCCGACUCUCCUAAAUCCGCUCCGAAAAAAACAGAAGUAGAGGAAAAGAAACCUAAGGUAACUAAGCCUAAAGCCAAACCCAACAAAUCAUCCAAGAGCAAGCAGGAACGUUCACCGGAAAAUAUCGCUAAAUUGGUGGAAGCGGAGAGGAUUGAAGCAAUAUCAACACCUGAAAUAGUUACUGAUGAAGAGAUGAGGAAUUGGUUUAAAUCAAAUGAAGAUAAAACAUAUGCAGAAAUCUUGGCCGAGAAGUUUCUCGCAAAACCUGAUCCUAUCGAGAUGCCUUCGUUACCAACUGUAGAAGUAACAGUAACCGAAUGUGAACAUCAGCAGUCUCAGAAAGAGGAGGAAGUUUCACAGAACGCAGAGUGUUUAAUGGAAAGCCCGAAGAAGGGUAAGAAGAACAGGCGUUCGAGAUCCAGAUCUAAAAAUAAGGAAAUUCAACAAGAGCCCGAAAAGACCGAAAUUGGAGACCAGACCGUACCCACAAAAGAACCAGAGACCACAAGAAAAUCGCGUAAAGAGCAACCUAAUAAAACAAAACCAGUAGAGAAAGAUGUUUCUCCUGUACCAGUAGAAGUGGAGGAAACACAAGCACCUGAUAAGGUUGAAGAAGAGAAGACGGAUAGCACCAUUAGCUAUGCGAAAAUAAUUGGUACCAAACAAAUUGAACAUACAAUCGUGAAAGAAACAAAACCUGUUUUGGUCAAAGCAUCCGUUCAAAAGAAGGCACCAGUUACCGUGCACGUAGAAAUUAUUGGUAAACCAGAAAACAAACCAGCAGAACCAACGGUGGACGAAGAAGGCUUCAUGUCUGUACCGACGAAGCGUUCGAGGUCACGCUCCAGGUCUAGGUCUAAGCAUCGCGAGGAACAACCUAAACUCGAAGAAAAACCAAGAAAGAUGAAAUUAGAACCCAUAGAAAGUGUUCCUCAAUUACCGUCCGAGCCGGAACCUCAACAACCUAAAAUGGCAAACACGGCCUUCCUUGAAGCCGAGCGCGAAAAUAACCAGAAACAAAAAUCAUGGGCGAGUAUCGUGGGCGCCAAAGCAACGGAAUUGCCCAAAAAACCCGUAGAAGUUAAACCAAAAGAACUGGUUAAACCAAAGAAGAAGUUGAUUGAAACACCGAAAGAACCUGAAAUUAAAAUUGAAGAUACAAAGGAAAUUGUAGAAGAGCCUUUGAUUGAGGAGGUGAAAUUGGAGACGGUGGGUCAAGAAAUCGAAAGUAAACCUGAAGACAAAAAAUCUAAAAAGAAGAAGAACAAAGAGCCCAAGCCUGAUGUUGUUAAAGAGGUUAUUAAGGUGGGAGAUGUUAAACAGGAGGAGAGUCAAUCGCAGGAAAGUGAUAACGCGAAUGCUGUAGACAAGAAGUCUAAGAAGAAAAAGAAGAAGGAUAAAUCUGUGUCAGAGAAAACUAGCGGCAUUCGCGGUUUCAUCUCUAGCGUAAAGAACGCAAUUUCUGGCUCGAAGCAAACUGAUUCCGACGAGUCGAAAGAAUCUGAUGGUGAAAAGCCGAAAUCUAAGAAAGGUAAGAAGGUGAAAGAACAAGAACAACCCACCGAUUUGCUUGACACUAAAGAAGUCAUGAAUGAAACUCCAAAGGCAUUAGACGAGAAGCCGCAGAAGAGUAAGAAACAAAAGGAUAAGAAGGUUAAGGUUGAAGAACCUGAGCCAAGUCCCGUCGAGACUAAGGUGGACGUCCUUUUGGAACCAACUAUGGUGGAAUCUUCUACGACUACAAUUUCGAAAGAUCAGAAUCUCGAAUUCAUCCAGCAAGAGCAAAACGUUGCUAUUUCUGAAGAUGCUCCCAAGAUUGUAGAAUCUGAGAUCGAAGCUGAAAAAACACAAUCGACACCGGAGAAGCGCGGCAGUUUCUUGGGAAACUUAAUCGCUAAAGUGACUGGAAGCAAGUCGGACGAGAGUAAGAAGGUAAAGAAAGACACGGAGGAAUCCAAGAAAUCGAAAAAGAAGAAUAAAUCUAAAGAUCACAAAGACGAAGAACCCAAGAUCGAAACAACUUUGACGGAGAAAGAAGUCACUAUUGAAGUUAAAGAUGUUGCCGAAGGAAAGUUUAUUGAGGUUGCUCCAAAGACUGAUGUGAUUCAGCAUGAAGUUAAAGAAAUCGUUUUCCCUAAGAAGGAUAUCGAAGGAAACGUUAUUGAAGUUUUCGAAACUAUUAUAGUCCAGAAAGAUAUCGAGGGCAAUUCUAUCGUGGAAGCUCAGAAUCUGGUUAACGAAUCUAUAGUGACGGCAAUGGAAGAAGCCAUGGCGGACGUUGUUAAAAUUGAUGAUAAAAAAUCAUCUGUGGAUGUGGAUAGCAAGACAAUUGAGGAAACACCCGUCGAUGUUAAAGUUGAGGAGAACAUCAAGGUUGAUGAUAAGAAAACAUCGUCUGAAGUAAAAUGUGAAACAAUCAAGAUUGAUGAUAAGCGAACAUCUAGCGAGAGCGAUGGUGAUGAUGGCAAGAAGAGUAAAAAAUCGAAGAAAUCUAAGAAGAAGGAUAAGGAUUCGCAUAAGGCGGAACGCACCGUUUCGGGAGUUUUCGAAACGAUCGUGAACAAGGUGAACAACGUGCUCUCUGGCGAUAAGGAUAAGAAGAAAAAAUCGAAGGCCGCUUCACCGGAAGUCGAGCAAAUCGAAGAACCCGAGACGCACGUCGAUGAUCUUUGCAGCAAUUUGUACAUGGACGGUCCGUUCUGGCCGAACAGAUGGUCUUACAUUGAGGCCGAAGAAAUGUAUUUCAUGAGUUUGGAGGAAACCAAGAAGGAGGAGGAACCGGUAACGCAGGAGGAAGUCAAGCAAAACGGAAACGAUAAGGACGGUGACGGGGAUUCGGACGGUUCGAGCAGUCGCGGCUCGCCGAAACCACCGAAAGACACUAAAGACGAUACAAAGAACGUGCGCGAUCAGUUCGAUACUCAAUAUCGAAGCGGUGAUCUGCCAGGUGGCAUGUGCCAUUGGCACGAUCAGAGUACCUACCUAUCUAACGAACCCUUGACCACCGAAAUUGUAGACCUAGUGACCGAAACCUCCAACACCAACACCAAAACCCCGACCCCAACCACAAACAAACCUUUAGGGCCUUCCAAGCAGCAAACAGCACCAUCACCAACACAACCACCACAACCAUCAUCGAUCGGUGACGAAGCCGAAGUCGAUGCUACCGUCCAGCUGAAGAAGGUUCUUCUGGAUAAUGUGCAGGACCUCAACCAGUCCUUGCAGAACACGGAGAACAACAUCUCGGAUCUUCCGAAGGAAAGCUUCGAGGCUAUGAUCAAUGCUCUUCAGGAAAUCACCGGAGAAUUGAAACGACACGCGGCUGAAGCCAUCCGCCUCGAGAGUCUCGUCUUGGAACUCCCCUCGGACCAAGACGUGCAGAUUAUAUCCGCCCAUUUGGCCGGUAUCCGCACCAGGAUAGCCUCACUCUUGACCCAAGCAGAAAACGGAAGGUUAACAGUAACCGGAGCGCAAGAGAAGCUGAAGAAGCGCGAGCAGAAGCUCACCCAGUACAGGCAGCAUCUCACGGAAAUCGAGCUCUGGCUUCAGACUGUGCGCCAGACUCUGCUCUUGGAAACCCGCACAGAUACUGAAACCGAGAUCCAGAUUGACAUCAAGGUAUUCCAAAAGCUCAGCGAAGAGCUCAAACUCAAGGAAGCCAAAUUGGAUGAGCUGAAGGCGGUCUGCGAGCAGUUCCAGCAGUACCCAGAUUUGCGUGAAUUAUCACAAACCCUUUCGGAACAGUUGCGAGUGCUCCUCAUCAUAUUCAGUGAACACAAGACUAUUCUAAGGACUAAAAUCGAGACGCUUCAGGUGAUCUUAAUCAAGUUGCAAGAGAAGACUCCGGACGCGUCGCUGGAUGAGAGCACGCUCGAUUCCAGUUCUAUGCCCGUUGAGGAGACGCCCGCAGUUGGUGUAAGUAUCGAAACCCAAACCGGUGUAAGUCUUACCAUCAGCGAAGAUACUCCGAAGACAUACCGUGGACCAGUCGAUGCGGAGACGCAAGCCCAACUAUCAGAAGCAGAAAUGGAUCGAGCUAAAAAGGAAUCGAUAAAAAUAACGAAAACCAUUCAGGAUGGCCAAGAAACCAUUAGCAUAGCGACGAUGCCAGAAAGGGAGCCGAUCGUCGAGGAACCCGACGACGAUGACCUUUUGGUCGAGGCUAAUUAUAACGAGGCGGCCGGACAAUCGGCUGUACUAAAUAUAUCGAACGUGCGAACCAAUCAACCGUUCGAAACGGUAUUCGUAGAACCUGAUGAGACCACCACCGAAGUUAUAGUUGAUGCCGAUGGAACGAAGAGGAUCAUCGUCAAGAAACGCCACUCCUCCGUCAUCACUAAGCAACACACCGUCCAGCAACAGCAGCUAACCACAGUGAACACCCUGUCUCAAGACAACGUACCAGUCAGCCAAUCCUUCUCGCAGGUAUUCCUCGAAGGACAAGAAACUAAAGACGCCAUUGCUACCGGAAGCGGUCGCAAGGAGGUUUUAACCACUAGCAACUUUGGUGGAAAACUGAUCACCGGUACACCUACGGGCGAGGUCAACGUGCAGGAGUUCCAAACCGAGCCUCAAAUGCAAUAUUCGGUCAUCGAGGAGAACCCUAGUCAGAUCGAAAUGCAAGGCAUUCAAAUCCGCGAAGGAGAUAUUGCGAUGGUUGCUGGUGAUAUCCUUCUGCCAGCCGAGAGCGAAAUCCAUACAAGCAGCUCAACGGUGCGAGCCGUCGUUCAGCAAGUAAAAAGAAAAGUUAUAAGACGUACAAGAAAGAUCAUCCGAAGAAUUGUAAUCGUAGACGGUAAAGAAACCGUCGAAGAGGAGGUCAUCGAAGAACCGGAAGAAAUCGAAGUAACCGAAGAGGGCAUCCCCAGGGUCAGCAUAAACGUGACUCGCACUGAAGAUGGUAAAGUGGUGCACGAGGCGACGACCGGUCCACAACCAACGACAACAACAACGACGAACACUAUCGUUCUGGAUGCCCAGGCGAAUCCGGUCGAUAAGCUACCAGAAAACGUGACGCUUGUCUCGAGUGCCGAUUCCGAGAGGUAUGUCGUAGUAGAGCCAUCAGCAAUCACCACUGCACCACUUGCUCCAUUCACUGCACCAACAGAAUCUGAACCAGUCGGUGUUCUUUCAGAAGCAAGUUUAAAGACGCCUGGUGUUGAAGUUGACAGCGCCGAUAGUUCGCUUAGCAUUGAUAAAGCACGUAGUGAUGAUGUUGCACCCAAGAAAAAGAAGAAUAAGGACAAGAAAUCGUCCAAGGAUGUUGAAGACGGCGGCAAGAUAAAAACUAUAGUCGCAGAUUUUAUAACUGCUGAGGCGAUUCACAUCGCAUCAACAGCAGAGAAACCAAUCCCGAAAUCAAGCAAUUCAAACCUCUCGUUUAUUCAGAAAGAGAUUAGCGAGGAAGAGAAACUUUCCUCCGAUGCAGCACAGACUGAUUCCACUAAGGGCUCGAAAAAGAAAAAGAAACCCAGGGAAAUUGUGAAUGUAGAAAAACAUGUUGAAAAUAAGGUAGACUCUGUCAUCGAACAGCAAUCGACAGUGGAGAAGCCAGAUAUCAAAAGCUUAGAAAAGACUGAAGAAAAAAUAGAUUUAGUUGCAAUGGAAUCUAGUCAAAAAAGUGAAGAAUCUCUCUCUAAAUAUGAAGUCCAGAAGUCAUCAGUCGAUUCGCAAAAGAAGGUGACUGAUGUAACCAAGAAAUAUGUGGUUGAUGAACCAGUGCCAGAACAGCCGCUUGUGAAACCUGACGAAAUUGAAAUUGCAAAGGAAGCAUUGGUAUCAGAACAGGAUAUGCCAAUUGAAAUUGCCGAACAAAAGAAUAUUAAGCUCUCCCUUGAUGAAAAGGUUACUCAAGAACAAGCACCUAAGAGCGAUUUGCUGAAGCAAGAACCAUCGACUGAACGUCAACAGAUCGAAAUCAUGUUAACUAUCGAAGAGAAGAUUCCGCAAACACAAGAAGUGAUCAGCGAGAAAGUGAAAACCAAAUCCGUAGCAUUGUCUCCAAUUGUUCCGAAGGCGGAGGUGGAGCAUGAGGAACACUCGACGGCCAGCGAUAUAGAUCACGGAGGACGAAAGAGUAAAAAGAAAAAGAAACAUAAGGAUAGUGAAAAUUCAACUCCACAAGUAAAUACUGAAACGUCCAAGAGCGACGUUCAAACGCCCGAUGACAACAAAGAAUACUCUAUCGAGACAUCCCUCGCCGAUUCCACUGACAUUAUCCUCCCAGAGGACUCUCAAAUCUCUUCGGAAUCGCCGAAACCCACUCAAGAGCCGUUCGAGCCGUCGGAGCAAGACGAAGGCAUAUCUGGCAAAGAAACUGGUUACGAAGCUGACAAAACGACGGUCGACGAUAGUUUGGCCGACGACGAUCAAGACAAGAAAAAGAAAACAAAAAGGAAGAAGCGUAAGCAAAAAACGAAGAAUGAUGAUUCCGAGGAAUCGAACUCUCCCAAAUCCACUUACGAUACAUCGGCUGUUGGAGAAUCAAUACAAUUCACCGACGACGAAAAUCUUCCCGUCGAUGUUCCUAAACCGAAGCCCGAUGACACAAAGAAAACUAAGAAACGCAAGAAGGGUAAAAAGGUGGAGGAUAAGAACUCCGAAACUGAAGAAGGCAAGGAAACCGAAGACGAGCCACGCGUAGACGAAGCUGAAAUUAAAGAGAUUCACUCUCCAAACGACUCCUACAAGAGCAUAUCCACUCAAUCUGAAGUAGGAACUGUUAAAAUUUUACAAGAGAACAUCCUAUCUAGUCCGAGCAGUGAAACAUCCAAUUUGAACGAUAAUCUAAUGAAAAUCAUUCCUGUAAUUGAAGCAUCAAUUACUCAAGAUAAUCAAGCACAAACAUCCCCAGAGACGACAACUCCUCAAAUGUCCAAACCAGAUGAGGUUACUUCUCAUGAGGUGGCGAUGACCCAGCCACAGGUUGAACCCAAACAAUUUGAAGUUGUUUCUAGUCAAACAUCUCCCGAAACACCAUUGGAAACUACCGAAAUUUCGAUACAAACUUCGGAAGUUGAGGAAAAGCAUGUCGUGAUUAAACCGGAAACUAAAGAUAGUUCCGUUCAAAUAGUCGCAGAUAAUGUGGAGGAAGUUACGCAGACGUCACCUGUGCAAGAACCAAUAGUGAAAGUCGCUGAGCUUGUCGAAAGUUCUAUCCAAACUGCGACCCCUGAUAAACUGGAGAUUUCGGAGGAGUCGGUGCAAACCAUCCAAGAUGCCGAUUUGCCCAGAGGCGACUCGGCGAUGCAAACCACGAUCGUUGCAUCCAAAGAAACAUACGUGCAAACCAUAUCACCUGAAAAAACCGAAGUACAAACAGCCGACAUUUCCUCUCAGGCUAUUCCCAGUGUUCAAUCCGCACAAACAUCCCCAAUUCCUUCAGCACCUCCCAUAGACGAAGUCACUCAAACUUCUCCUGUCCAGGAAUUACCACAAACCCCAGAACCUAAAUUAAUCGUCGAACAAGUAAUUCAAGAGACGACACGUAUAGUGUCUCCAGAAGUUGCUAAGGAAAUUGCACCAAAACCAAUUGAAGAAAUGCCACAAACCAUUGCACCUAAACCAGUUGAAGAAAUGCCGAAAACUGUUUCUCCCGAGGCAGUUAAAGAAACACUUAUACCAGAUACAUUUGAAAUAAGUGAUUUACCAAAAGAAACUGAAGAAACACUAGAAAUUUCAUCCCCAAAACCAAUUGAAUCAAUCGAUGAUAUUUCUUCUGCAACCACAACUUCUACCGAGUACGAUGUUAUUAUUAAUGCAUCAGUCACAAUUCCAUCUGAAUCUGAAACUAGCGAUUUACAUACAACAAAACCAUUACAAUCCAGUUCGGAAUCAGAUAUAAUUGAAAAGGAAUCAAGUUUGGAAACAUUCCUUGAAGCAGAGAGGUCGUCUGAUAAGAAGGGAAGUAAACCUAAACAACGUAACAAGAGUAAAUCGAAGAAGCAGCCGAAAUUAGAUGAAUCUGCGAGUGAACCAAUAAUUAUUCCAAUUAAUCCCAACGAAUUGUACUCAACUGUUACCCAACACGGCACAAGUUCAUCGUCGCCUGUUCUACCUGAAACGGUAGUGGAGUCCACAGUAGUAACGGAUCUUGACAUCACUAAAUUGAUGUCUGAUAAACUCAAGGAUCCUUCAGAGAUGGAAACAGUUAUUAAAGUAUCGGUGACGAUUCCUGGAGAUUCUCCAGUGGAAAUAACGGAGAUCCAUGAGCCAGACAUGAAGUCAGCUCACAGGACGAAGAAAUCUGAUACCAAGCCCAAUGUAAAUCUUGAUUUUAUAACUCAAGAAAUCUCUCAGUCAUCUGAAGGACUAUCCAAGGAUGAACCAUUAGAGAAAAUGAAACAAUUACAAACCACCUCUACACACGAUAUUCCAGUUUCCAAAACUUUGGAAGAAAUUUCAGUAACGUCUGUGAUAGCUGAAAAGAAAGAUGUUCAACCAACUAAAGAACACUUUGAAUCAGAAAAACCGAAAGUGGAACUUGCAAAGGAUGUUUCAAAGCUUGAAGAAGAAGCAAAAAUGAUUCCUGAUGAUUCAAAACCGACUCUCGCAGUAAAAUCUGAAACUGUAAUUGAGAAAUUACCUGAAAAAGUAACUCUUUUAGUAAGUCACGAGAAGGAUGUUGUCGAUAAACCAUCCACUGAUCAAUUAACUACUGGUAUUGAUAAACUGCAUCAACUUUCUGAAAAAGAACCGCUCCAAGCAUCUGAAGUGGAAAAGUCUGUUUCAGAAGAGGUAUCUAAAUCUUCAAUUAUUACUAAACCAGUUGAAACGUUGGAUAUGAAGAAGGUUGAAGAAGUGCGACAAGAAAAUCCAGUUGAAAUAUCUUCACAGCAACUAUUUGAAAUUCAUCAAACAACUGUAGAAUCCGUGAAAGAAAUGCCGAUGCCCACUACUCAAAUGGGUAAAUCAGGAGAUAUGAAGAGCUUGUCGUCAGCAUUAAUUGAAGCAGAGUCUUCAAUUGUGCCCAUGCAGCAGGAAUUAUCCAUCGAUACGACGGAAUAUCCGAAACCAAAAUCUAGGAGUCCAAAGGCCAAGUCGAAGGGGAAACACGCAUCUUCUGUGACAAUUGAGGAAGUGAUGUCACCUACUCAGGUUCAUGAUACACCUUUAACACCGGGUCCGGACGAAUCACCGCUCUCUCCACCAUCGUACAGCACUCCGAUCUGGAAUAAACCUCAAACGUCCUCCGCUGAAUUAAUAUCUGCCGAGAAGCAAAUCGAACACGUUCCAAUCCAACAUGUAAACAUCACUUGGAAACAAGCCAAGGCUUUGGAACGCGUGAAGAAUUUACAGAAUGCUCACAGAACCACCCAUCUCACUAACGUACUUUAUUUGGCAACGCGCAACGAAGUCGUCACCGACGAAUCUAUCAUUCAGAGGAACAACAAUGUGCAGGAAAAUUUAUCGAAAUUGAGAACGGCCGUCGAGCAGAAGGACAUCGUCGUUAUAGAGCAGACGAUUAUCACCACCGUCGAAACCAUUAUAACAUGGCUCGAUACCAUCGAAUACAGAAUUUAUCUGAACCGCCAACAAACCGGAGACGGUCCAUCCAAAGAACGUGUGCAGGAAUUUAACAAUCUCAAGGAUGAAAUAUCGAAUAUCGGUCAGAGCGUCGAUCAACUGCAAACCGCUUUAGACACGUCCAGGGACAUCUACAACGAAGAAGAUCAUGAAAGGUUGACCAGCUAUUUGGUUAUUCUGCAGGAGCAGUUCAAAGUUAUCGAAGUUGUUACGGAUGAGAACGAGCAGCUGGCUUCCGAGGAUCUGAAUAGAUGGGAAGAAUUUAUCAACGGUGUUGAGAUCGUCGGUAAAAUGAUCUUCGAUACGAAAGAUAGAUUGGACUACCUCAUCGAAAACUAUGUGUCUCCGCAAGUCAAGCUGGAGCAGCUGGAAGAGCUGGAAGUUUGCAUCCGUUGUCACAUGCUCAAAUCUGUUCAUCUCAUCGCGACUGCUCGUGGCAUAAUGCGUGACUUCCCCACCAGGGAUGUCCCACAGGAGAUCUACAGAAACCACGAGAUGACGAAGCAGAUGGAGAGGAAAAUUGAAGCCGAACGCGAGAAGGUGAUUCAGUUGCUCGCUUUGGCCGAAGAGUACGAUCAAACUUUGAACGAAUUCAGCCAAAUUGUAGACAUUGCCGAAGCACUGGUCGUAAGUUCUAUCAACGUAAGGAACUUGCAACAUCUCGAGGACGAGAUGCAGAGUCACCGUAAGUUCUUCGUCAAUCUGAGCCAUUGCCGGGCGAUUCUCGAGUCGCUCGAGGAGAAUCUUGACGCUGAGACGCGAUCCUCGCACUCGGUGCUCCAUCAAGAUCUCUAUGAAAGGGCUACGGUUAUACUCGACAAAGCAUCCGGUAGAUUCCAGCGUAUGUCUUUGGCCGCAUCCAGAUGGACUGUUUUAGAGCAGGGAAUGCGGGACGAAAUAAAGUGGCUGCAAGUGGCGCAGCAGCGUGUUCCGAAUCUGAACAGCGUGACGUCCGUCGAUUACGAUCAGUACAUCAACCUGUAUCAGUCCCUAUCUCUGGAUAUAUCCCAUCAUCACGCGAAGCUCGCGCACCUCAACAACGUUGCCCACAAACUGCAGGAUUUGGUGAACUGCUCGGGAAUGGAGCAGACGUACACCGAAUCGCUGGAGACCAUAACAAAGUUGCAGGACGACGUUAAUAAUAAACUGAGACGCCUCGUCGCUUUCCGCGAAACUUGGACAACGUACAACUUGCUCAGCGACAAGUUGGAAUAUUGGUUAAAAGACGCCGAGCAGGCCUUGAACAAGGUCGACGUGCAGCCGGGACCGCAGCCGAAAAACAUGCGUCAAUUCUGGGAGCUGAAGGCACAGCACGAAGUCAACAAUUCGGUGCGACUGAACGCCGCCAGUCAUCUGGAGAAGUCCAUGCAGAUCAUACCAGUCGCGGACGAGACGGUGCAGAGGCAGUUCCACUCUGAUCUGCAGAAGCAGUGGAACCAAGUGUCCAAUAGAAUCACGGACAUCCAGACCGGUAUCAUCGACAGUAUAUCCGCAUCGGAUGUACCCAUCAACCAGAAGCUACAACUGCUGCAGCAGGAAUUGGCAGAGUUGAGGGCCACCUUUGAUAGUCUCAGUGGAGUAAUCAAGAACGAAGAAGAACUCGAUUUGUACGUUGAGAGGUUGCAGAUCAUGGCAGGUAGGAUUGAAACCAUCCAGAACGAGCUGGGCAAAGUGGGAUUACUCUCCGCCGUCGAAUCAGACACCGUCGGAGAGCUACUCUCGCACUCCAAACACAUUGAAAUGAUGGUAGCCGAAGAACUAGAAGGUGGCAACAUACUUAAAGAGCGUCUGCAGACCAUAAGGCGCGGCAUGGAUCGCGUGCGCAGGAAGCAUCUUCAAGUCUCCGGUCUUCUGGAUCAGUGCGAAGACGCCGAGAAGAUGGGCAGCGAUGCCGUCGAGAAGGCAGUGCACGAUUGCUUCGAGAUCGGAGAAGAGUUGUCAACCCUCUGGCAAGAUCUGUUGGGACUGAGGACGCUCCUGCACACCCUCCCCAUGAGGUUGAAGGUCUCCAUGUCACCAAUCAAGGUUGAAAGAGAAAUAUCUCAACUGAUAGAUGACCAUACCGCUCUGGAGAAACGAUGCAGCAAUCUUCUUGCCGUGCUUCGUUCCCGUUUGGCCCUUUGGCAGCGAUUCGAAAGGCAACUGGAAAUGGUUCAGCAGAGUGUGCAAGAGGCCGACUUUAUGAUGGAACUGCUCACUGUGCAAGGGACCGUCGACUACGAACGACUGAGGAAAGCCACCGAACGCCUAGAGAGUGUUUCCGGUGAUUUGGUGAGCCGCGAAAGUUUGAUUGCUGAACUGCGAUCCGCCGCUCGACCUCUAUCCGAUAGCUGCACCGCGGAGGUUUCUGCGAGAGUGGAAGCAGCCGUUUCGGAGGCCGUCAUCGCCUGGGAGGAUACCUGCAGCAACCUGAGGGAGCUGUGCACGAAGUACCAGCACGCGGCGGAUCUCUGGAAGCAGUACAGGGAGACGAGUGAUCUGGUGAGGGAAUGGCUUGACAACUGCAUCGAAACCGUAGCUGAUUUGGAGCCGGACGAGGCAAUCAAAACUGUUAAGGUGUGCGAAGAGACGCUGUCGGCCCACACGGCCCGUUUGGCCGAAUUGAAGCAGUUGGUGUCCGGCAUCGCCGCAGCCGUCGGUCUGGACGGAAACGCACUCCUCGGUGGAGAGGUCGAAGCCCUCGGACAGAGGUUGCAGGAUGUCAGGGAGUCCCUGACAGUCCUCGCCGAUGUCGCCGAAGCCCGGGCGCAGACCAAGGCUGAGGCGAAGAAGGAGCUCACCUCCACCAGAGCCUAUCUGGAUUCAGUUCAAAAGAACUUGAGCUCCAUCGACGAUGAAGAUGAUAGCGAAACGAAGCUGAAGUCGCUGCGCGAACAGCUGCUCGCCCUCAGCAACACCGAGGGACAAAUCCAGAGCAUCAAGGAUAAGUCGCUUCGGGCUUACCAGGUGACGCGUAACGAAACAUCGGUCAUCGAAAUCCUCGAGCUAUGGCAGCAGGUGUUCAGGGAAACGUUCCAGCAGUACCAUCGUCUUAGCACGCGCCUUGUCAAGGACGAGGACGGCGCGGCCGCCUUGAAAUUAUGGCAGGAAUACCUGGUGCACGUACAGCAGUUCCUCUCCGGCUCCAUACCCGGCGAUUUCCACAGUCUCUCCGAGCACCAACAAUUGUGCCAAGUCCACCAGAAUCUCCUUACCACCCAGCAGAAUGUUCUCAGGCCGUUGGACAAGCGGGAGAGCAAACUUGCCGGAGAUUUGGUGGAGGUCAGCGUAAUGGAACAGUUCAAUUCGUUAACGAAUCUGCACAACGAGACUUUGGCGCGCAUCAUCGAUCGGCAUGCCGAGGUGGAGACGCGUCUGGCCGCUUGGAAGCGUUACAGGUACGAUCAGAGUAGCAUACUCGCCUGGCUGAAGGACAUGGAGAAGGAGCGAGAACGACUCCAGCUGAAAUACAUCCACGUCCGACGAAUUCCCAAAGUGCUCGCACGCAUCCAGGGAUUGAUCGGAAAGGUGCCGCAAGGCCAGAAGCAAUCGGACGAUCUCCAGAAGCAGCAAAAUGUCUUACUGGAGUUCUGCGACGAUGCCCUUGCCACCUCCAUCCGUAUGGAGCACGUGGCCAUCAACCAGAGAAUCUCCAAUCUGCAGGCCGGUCUGGAAACGUGGAAGCAAUUCCUCGAACGCAUCACCAAUAACUACCAGUCGUACGACGGUAACGUUGCCAAAGUGCAGAAGGCUUUCGAUGGCAUUUUGGACGUGAUCACGCAGGAGGUGCCGAACUCCAGUUUCGGCGUGAACAACAGAUUGGAGAACUUGCAGCGGACCAGGGGCAGAUUGAACAAUUUGACUAAGGAUCUUGAAGAAUUGGAUGUGACCAAAGAACAGCUCAAGGAAUGCAUCAGUCCGGUGGAUAUGAAGACCAUCAAUCAAAGAAUGUGGUUACUGUGGCACCAGCAGAGCGAUUUAGAUCAUCAACUUUCGGUGCUCAUCCACCAACUUGAGGAGAAGCUCGGACUUCGAUCAAUGUUCGAGACGCGACAGAGCCGGUUCAUCACGUGGACCAGCGAGCUGGAGAAACGCAUCGAUCAGGAAACGGAAAGCUACGGUCCUGAAAAGGAUCCAUCCGAGAUACUGCACAAGCUAGAAACUGAACUGCAAGCGGAAUUAUCGCUGAAGGAGCGCGAAUACAACUGGCUCGUUACCACCGGUAACGAGCUGGUGGCAGCUUGCGGCGAUGAAUACAGCGAUGUUGUCGCCAAGCAGAACAUCAAGGUGAGAACAGAAGAAGUGCAGACUGCAUGGGAAAGGUUGAAGGCUCUUGGAGCAUCCCGAGCUAGCAAGAUACACGAGAUGAUACAGACCAUGUCGCAGCUCGAGCUGCGGAUCGAAGAGAUCCGAGCGUGGUUGACUCAGAUGGAAAAGGAUUUGGCUAUGGCCAUAACCUUCGAAGACACCACAAGAAAUGCGAUCGACUUUAAACUACAGGAGCACGAUAAGCUGAAGAAAGCUAUCGAAAAGGAGAGCGGCGAUAUCGGGGAUGUGCUCAACCUGUGCGAACUGCUUCUAAGCGAUGCUGACGUGUGGAAAGCGCAUUUCACGACCGACAACAUCACCACGGCAAUCCAGAAUCUGGAGAAGCGGUGGAAGAACGUCUGCGGUCAAUCCGCAGAUCGCAAGCGGAACAUUCAGUACAUCUGGCAGUUGCUGCAGGAGGUGCUGGUGCUUAGUGAAGAGCAGGAGCACUGGUUGUUGCAGCAGGAGAAGAAAAUGAAGGAACUAGAUAGGCCGCUCGACAAGCUGACGAUGGAUCAAGUGAAGGACCGCAUGGGCAAGUUGGAGAAACUGAGUGCAGAGGUGCGCGCCAACAACGGGGGGAGCUUCAAGCGUCUCGGAGAGACGUAUUCGAAAUUAGCCAAGGCGAACAAUCUGGAGCCUAAAAAUAUCCAACGGCACACGAGCAAAGUUAGAACUAUUCUGGAACGGUGGAGUGCACUCCGCUCGCAAUGCGACGACCUGAUGGGCCGUCUGCAGAAGGAGAUUUCAUUCUAUCAAGAAUUCGUCGCUGUCCACGAAAACGCCGUCAUAGGUCUAAACAAGGUGGACGCGCAUCUCACGAAGUUCCAACAUUUGGACAUUGAUCCAAAUCAAACGCCCGACCAACGGCUCACUCAACUACAGAACAUCGAAUCGGAAUUGGCGUCGCACAGCAAGACGUUAGAGGAUGCUGACAGACUGGGCCUGCUCAUCAUGCAGAGGAGCCAGAAAGGGGACAUCGCGAAAGUACAAGAAAUGAUUGACGAAUAUCAGCUGUUGUGGAAGGACAUCCAGGGAAGGAUAACGAUGCUUAAGAGCGAUCUCGCCGAUCAGGUGAAGCAGCAAAGCGAUCGCCUGCGACGCGAAGUGGAUGAGAGCGUGCAGGUGGAUACGUUGCCGUUUGAACGGGACUCUGCUGUUCAGGUGAACACAUUGCCCGGGAGACUGCAGAGGAUGACCUCGAUCAGCGCCAAGGAUGCGUACCUCAUGGAACUGAUCUCCGGUUUGAACGAGUGCGCAUCGAACAUCGAGAAGCUGGAGGCGAUGGUCGGAAGCGACAUCCCUGAGCAGGGAUCUCCAGAAUUGCACACCACCGGAAAGAAAAUAGCCAAGCAAUCAGCAACUUGCCAAUCGUUGGUGGAGCUGAUCAGACAUCUGUGCGAUACACUGGUGAAGGAAUGCAACGCGACGCCGGAAGAGGCCAAAGCUGAGGAGGUGCAGCAACUAAGCGAUAAAUUCGAUAAAUUGCUCAAAGCCGCCAAAGCGAAAGAACUGAAAAUACGCGAAUUAAGGUCUUCCUUUGACGCUUAUAACUUUUUGUGUGAACACGAGGCCGGAAGACUUUUGUGUCCUCUGUGCACGAAGCGCAACUGGGCUCAGUUGGAGAAUGAUCUGUGGAGAUUGGAGCAGUGGCUCCAGGUGGCCGAAGGCACGCAGAAGGGACAGAAGACACCGCCAUCGAACAUUGAACAACUCGAAGAUGUGAUUCAGGAUCACAGGGAAUUCCUGCUGGAUCUGGACAGUCACAAGAGCAUUGUGCGGUCUCUGAACAUCGUCGGGACGCAUCUCGCCGAUCACACAGAGGAUACGAGCAGAGCGGUCAAGCUUCGAGCCCGUCUGGAAGCCGACAACAAGAGAUGGGAUCUGGUCUGCAAGAAUGCGACCACCUGGGAGACGCAGCUGCAAAGGGCUCUGAUGGAUAAUCGUCAAUUCCACAACAUCGUGACCGAGCUAUGCUCGUGGCUAGAGAAGACGGAGCAGAAGAUCCGCGUCUCGGAGCCAGUCGAUCUCACGGUGGACAUGGACACCAUCAACAACAAGUACAUUAAGUUCACUGAGCUGAGGGCCGAGCUGGAACGAUGCGAGCCGCGCGUUAUGAGUCUGCAGGAGGCUGCGAAUCAGCUUCUUCGUAGGGACGGGGCACCGGAGGGUUCCUCCACGAUAUGCGCCCGUCUCACGGAGCUCAGAUUAAAGCUUCAAUCUCUGAUCCGCCUAACAAGUAUUUACAUCCUGAAGCUUGGCGCUGUGCUUGGCAAAGAUCCGAACGAGCUCAUGCAGACCACCGCUUCGGCCGUUGGCGCCGCCCCGCUGCAUAACCUUAGUUAUGACCUUCUGGACCAACCCAGCGCCGCACCAGGUCCUUCCAAUGCACCCGACAACGAUGCCAACACCGGGUCAUCAGAUGACCGAGAGAUAAACACGACGGUGCUGAGGAAAGGCUAUCGGUUUUUGGGUAGAGUCGUUCGAGCCUCGCUUCCCAUCCAGGCUCUGAUGCUGCUGCUCCUCGGGGCGGCAUCCCUUGUGCCGUUCAGCGAAGACGAUUACAGUUGCUCGCUUCUGAACAGCUUCACCAACAAUAUGCAGCCUUCGUACAGGUACAACGGCCCGCCGCCGCCCCUCUAGAGACUUUCGUCAUCUGAGAGCGAAAGAAACGGCAAAAGCAAUUCUCUUCAUUCCAAUUUUAUAUAAAUCAAAUCCUUUCAUAUUUAUAUAUCGAAGCAAAGAAAAACAUAUUUAUACUAUUACUACUACUUAGGUUACUAUUACGUUUAUAUAAACUACUCGUAUUGAUUCUUUUUGUAUAAGUUCGGAACGCAUCGCGUCUUUUGCGUUCCUUAUUAUUUUUUCGCAAGAAACGUAUCGAACUUAAAACAAAAGCACUGUAAAAGAUGAUGCAAACCUCCUCCUUGAUGAUUGACUGACGCGAGUCGUUAUUUUGUAUACUACUAUAUAAAUAUUUAUUAUAAAUGAGAUUUUUUUUUUGGUAGGACGUAUAAUAUUUUGUAUAACUCGGAACGAUCUGCUGAUGGACUUAACUAAUUGCGUAACGCGUUGCGACGCGUUCGAAUAUAUAUAUAUAUAUAUAUUUAUCUGUAUAUUGGGGGAAUCUGUAAUGUAAAUGAUGAUGAAGAUGAUGGAAGAAAGGAAGUACAUGUGAGACGCACAGCCGCGUUUUUUUCCCUUGUAUUUUUCAAAUUAUAUAUAUUUUAUAUUGUUAUUAUUUUUUUUAAAUGUAUUGAUAAUAAUGAUAAGAUGGUUGUGAGGAAGAAUGCGGGAAAAUUCGUUCAAUUUCGGGGCUCGAUCGGAGUGGAACACGAUAGAACCCGACGACGUAUUUCCCGUUUCAGUUCCGCUUCCGGUUUCCAAACACCCCUCCCCAACGGUAGGCUGCGAACUCUCCACGCAGUCUUGACCAAAACUAUCUCUCUCCAAAAACAAACCCACUUCCGACGCGCGCACGGACUCUCCACCGUCCGCACGUCCGGAAACCAGAAA